AUGAUUGAAGUUGUAUGCAACGACCGGCUCGGGAAAAAAAUCAGGGUCAAGUGUCUGCCAACUGACACCAUAGGAGACUUCAAGAAGCUCCUGGGCCUGCAAAUUGGCACAGACCCGAACAAAAUCGUUCUCAAGAAAGGAUACAUGAUUUUCAAAGACCAUAUUUCGCUAGACGACUAUGAGAUCCACGACGGCAUGAACCUGGAAUUAUACUAUUCAUAA